AUGGAUGCAUGUAUGCACGAUCUUCCUAUCCUGGUCAAGUCCUGCAGACCAGUCGGUCUCAGUUCUCAGACAAAUAAUAUCCUGAUGACCGUUGGCUCCCCGCUAAUCGCCCUACAACAGGUACGUACAUACAUACAACUGCCUACCUCCCGUACACCACUCACUACCUACAUUGGUAUGCUUGAUUUUGUUGAUGUCGCACAGCAGGGUGAACUGGGCUGA